AUUAACAUAGGCGGUUUAAAAAUUUCUUUCAAUUAUGCCAUAACUGCAAAUAUUUUUUUUUAUUUCCUUACAAUGUAGUGAAUGAAAUUUGAUUGGUAAAUCCCAUUUAUUUUAAAUAUUAGUGUAUUUUAUUUAUAAUGUCUAAACCUGUAAAAGUAGACUUUGUACCAAGAGUAACACAGCUAGAUGCUCAUCAAUUUGAUACAGAAAUAAGACGCAUCUUUAGAAAUUUAUUAUCGUCUGCCGUUCUUAAUAUUUCUCCCGGUACUUUAAGCAAAUAUGAACCAGAAAUUGAUUUUAUACUGAACACACUAUUGUGGAAAUACUCUAUUAAAAAAAGUAACGCCUUAUUCGGCCAACAAUUAUUUUCUAUUCAAUAUGAUGAUGUAUCUUUGACCGACAAUAAAUUAUUGUUGCACUAUAUAAUUAGUGUAUUUUUGAAAUAUGUUCAAACAAAAUUAUUGUACAACUAUGCAUCAAACGAGUUUGUUCAAAAUAGCAUAACUAAUAUCGAUAUAGCUUUAUCAGUAGCCAAGUUAAUAAAUUUUUGGAGAUUUCUAAAAACUGGAAGAAGUCCAAGUAUUCUAGAAUAUAUUUUGGGUUUAAGACAUGUGUCCAUGGUCGGUAAUAAAAUAAGAAGUAUUGGAUAUUCUCAUAUGACAAGGGAACUUAUUUGGGCAGCCUUUGUUGAACUUAUAAUGUUUGUGGCUCCCUUUGUCAACUAUUACAGUAUACGGAGAAAAGUUUUACAAUAUCUACCAUUUAUAAAAAAGAAAACAGUAAAAUCAAAUGAUAAAUUAAAAUAUGACACAACAACCUUUUGUCCUAUUUGCAAUGAGAGAAUAAAACAUCCACAUCACAUGGGCUGUUCACACGUAUUUUGUUACUACUGCUUACAGAGCAAUUUAAUGGCAGAUCCUGAUUUCCAGUGCUGUUUAUGUGACCACAAUGGUCCUAUCCAAAGGGUCAUAAUGUCCUGUUAAUAUAAUUAC